AUGGCCGCAUACUUUAUGCAAAACCUCAAAGUCAACGGCCUAGACUCACUGAGUAACCUGGAAACUGAACGUGAUGAGCGCAAGCUGUGCUACAUCAGCCUUAUCAUGCUUCGGAAUCUGCAGGGCUCUUUCCAACCUCUUCAUCUUAGAGAGUGCCCAGAUCCACUGGGCGAGGGUGGUGAGUUGUCUUCCCCAUUGGGAUCCAUGAUAUCCAACGACAACGCAAGGCGGACCAGCAGCUCCAAACCAGAUAUCGGAAUUCUCGGUACCAACAUCUAUACAAGCGAGCUAUGGGCAUUGGCCAGCAACUGUGCGGCCAGCCCUGUUGGCGUUGAUGCCCACCCCCCGUGGUCACCGCACUCUGACUACGCCAUGAUUCAUUUCCAACAUUGCGAACACGAGAGCCUCAUGCCACUCAGAUUCAGACUCCAUGCAAGUCCCUUCCAAGAUCAUCCCUCAGCCGAGCUUCAGGCUCAUCGUGACUAUUGGGGUCCGUGGCUGUUCUUCCAGAUAGUUUGGCAUGCAGUCCCUUGUCUGAUCAACCAUCCAUUUCUUCUCUCUAUGCGUCUCCGGAAUUUUCGAAGGACAAUGCCUCAGUCAUUCCUUCGCAACUCGUUCGAGCAGUUGACAUUUCAUUGUGGUUGGGUUCUUCAUUUUGUUGAGCUCAUCAGCGCUAAAGGAUUUGAGGUUUCUGAUUCGACAAUAGGUCAUUGUGUGGUUAUCGUCGCUACGAUCUAUCUCCAGCAUAGCUUUGUCGAGGAUCAAACUUUUAACCGAAAGGCGCAAACAGGGUUUGAAAAAUGUCUCAGGUUCCUGUGGAAUAUGGGUCGCCGCUGGCCACACAUUGACCGACAGGCCCAUCAACUACAGCAGCUCAGGGACAGUGUGUCUCCCGGACGGCCCAUGACAGGCAAUGGUGCGCCUGGGGAAUCGAAACAGCGCCAGAUGUGGUCCGUCAACUUACAAUUGCUAUGGAAAAUCUUGGUUUAUGCCCAUGCGAGCAAAUCCUCAGAUUCCGGCAGCGACAUAUUUGGCCCAGAACUUUCCAAGGACAGCGUUGGAAGCUCAGGCGACCAUACUGUCGGUGAUAUCACUGAGCGCGAUUUCACUUUGAUUGGAUCAGCGGGAAUAUCAGGCCACAAGACAGUAGCAGCUGAAUGUGUUACUUAUCCACCCGAACAGACCGAGGAUCCGGUGCAAGCACCGAGUCAGAUCGCACCCACGAUGGACCUCUCAGGGCUUCCCGGGGAUCCAAAUGUAGAUUUCAUGAGCGGAGACGGGCUCUACCUUCAGCUCCAAGAUUAUGGCAGAGCAUUUGAGGAUUGGCUAAGUGUCAAUCCAACAUGA